AUGGCCAACAAAGGGAACUGGGAGUGGCCUAAUCCGCUAAACAUUGCGCGCAUAGAUCAAAGUAUGAUUACUCUCCUGAUUGGACCCGAAGAAAAGGCUUUCAACAUCCACCAGGCACUCCUUUGCUACUGGUCUCGUUAUUUCUGUAACGCACUUAGUGGUCCUUUCAAGGAAAGCCAGAAGGAGAACCUUAAAGUGCCAGAUGUGGAGGUCGAAGUCUUCGAGUUCGCCUUCAACUGGCUCUAUACAACGAACCUAUCGAAUGAACUAUUUCGUGACGAAGGUAUCCUGGCAGCAAAGCUUUACGUUUUUGCCGAUUACUACGACGUCCGCGAAAUGAGAAACUGUCUCAUGAACCUGAUGUACGAAGAAUACAACGUGACCGCGGGCGACCUUCCGGGCUACGACUUAGUGUUGUUUGCCUUCGAAUAUCUUCCUCAAAACUCUAUGUUUUGUCGCUUCCUGCUGGACAACUACACCUGUAACUUCGCCCCUGACCAUGACAAAAAGACACCUGGAGAUAUCGAAAAGCGCGACAGGUUACCUCUCUCGUUCCUUAUGCCACUCAUGCUGCAACUAGCAGAAGAGACGAAUGGGAGAGACCCAAGAAAGAAACUCAAAAAUAGGAUAAGGGGGCUACAAUAUUAUAUCGAACAUGCUGAGGAGGAGCCUCAAGCAACCGGUGGAGAUCAAGAAGGAACGACGGCUGCCGAUCGUCCGGGCCUUGUAAAAUUGAAAUAA